AUGUCUGCUAUUUCUUCAGAGGUUGAGUUUGCUGCUACUUCUUCGGAGGUUGGAUUUGCUGCUACUUUUUCAGAGGUAUGGUUUGCUGCUGCUUUUUCAGAGAUUGACUCUUCAAAAGCUGGGUUUGCUACUUUUUUAAAGGUUAA